UAAAGUGUAUUAGGAAAAUAGAGUCAUGAUAAAAAAUAAAUAAAUAAAAAUAAAAAUAAUUCUCCACCAAGUCAGUUAGUACUAGCCACUUAUUUUGUGUUAUUUUAUCUCCAGCUUGUCAGAGUGUUAGUUUCACCAGAUAACCCUCAACAGGCCACAGCAAAUUGCCAGAAGAUCAUGAACCAGUGUGGUUAGUUUCUUACAGUUACAUACACCUGUUACGAUGAAGACUCCUUCAAUCGAACCUCAGCUAACAAACGUCUUCCUUAUAAUUAGGCAGACAUCGCCCGGCCCAUAGUUAGACACCCUCCGAAAGAAGGACACCUGGUCUUAUUCCUAGCAGUAAAUAGCCUGUGAACAGCCAUUCCUCUCCUCAGACAUAAUCGGGGAUAGAGACAACACGAUAAACACAGCGUGGCACAAACAUCUCUUUUCAGGGGAGGGGAGACUGUACGCAGGCUAAGUGAACUCAGCGCGUUUGUUGCAGCUUGUUGCUUUGCAACAUUUGUAACGCAGAACUUUUCUUGCUUUAUGUCAGCAGAAGCUUCUUUUUGCCUGAACGUCUUGUUGAAAAAAAUAUAUAUAUUAUUGAAUUUUUCAAGCUGUUCAGAGAAUAACUUUGUGCUUUUAUGAACAGGUUUGUUGCAUCAACAUACAUACAUGUAAUAUUAUUUUUUUUCUUGGAAAGUGGCGAUGAUGAUGUGAGUGAUUGCCCCCAGAAUAUUUAUCCGUGAUUACUUAAUCCGUACUGUUGUACAUCUGAGCUGUUUUCUUAAAAUGGUAAUACAUAUAAAGUAAUUACGUUAAUAAAUACACUAUUAUUUGCAAAGUUCCGUCGUGGCUUUAACGAUUUUUUGUGUCCACAGGACUGCUGCGGCUGCUUUGUGGUAUACUCAUGUCAACUGGAAUUCCUGCUGACAUUCUGACAGAGGUACAUGCAACAUUUAUAGCUUUUGCAUUAAAACCGUGAACUUGAGAGGAGUUUUGUCUUCAUUUGGCUAAUACAGUCGAAACUCCUGUAAGACUAAUACAGUCGAAACUCCUGUAAGAGAUCACCCAAAAUGCGAAGCCAGAUUAAAUGGUCGCUUACGAAUUGAUCCACGGGGAUGCUGUUGCGAGAAUAUGUCUGGAAACGUCUACCGUAAUGAUUCAACUUAGCGCCCUCCUUCCAAUGAGCGUCCCCUUCGAAUGUGUUUUUGUUAAUAAGCGCCCCCAUUCUAACAUUAUAACAUUAGUGUUCGGGUACGUAUCAACGGAGAUUCAUCUUCCUUUAAUACCUCUCAAACGAACGGUGAUGCCACAUUACAAAAACAGUGGUCUUUGUCUGAGUUUCUCACGUUAACUGAACAUUCUCCGUAUAUUUGUUACUGUUACAGUUUCUGUUAUUGACCCUUUUGAAAUAAUUAUAAGUUUUGUUUUUUUUAACAUUCGGUUGUUUCUCAAAAAAAGAAAUGAGCGCCCUGUCCCGAAUAAGUGCCUUCCCUUGAGGUACCAAAGCAAAUAAGCGCCCCGAGCGCUAAAUCGAAUCAUUGCGGUAAAUGUGCUUUGUGGAAGAUAAUUUAUUGCAUGCAAUUUGUUACGUUGGGCUAUGUUGCCAAUAUACCAGAUAGGUUUUGCACCGGUAGGAAAACUAUACCAGAUAACGCUUCUGUUCACACAUAAGAACGGUAACGCGAUUUCCGUAACGUAGCGAAAACCGCGCCGAUCUCUGUAAAGUGGAGAUUCACAUAUCGGAUAGUUAUUCACAAUAUACCGGACAGGACAGCUUUUCGUGUCGGCACGAAAAACUAUCCGAAAUACUAAUAGCAUAGCAUACUUAUAGCAUAGUACAUGCUGCAAACAUAGAGAUCAGACCAUGCGUCAAGCCGUUGCUUACAAGAGGUUAAAAACAAUGGAAAAUUGUUUUAAAAACCAUCAUUCCCGAAAAGUGGUUGCGGUCGCUUACAGAAGGUAGUGCUUUACGAGAGGUUCCAAUAAUUGUAACGUCUUGACUGGGAGUGUUUGAUUGAAGUUUGGAUGGUUGGCCUCCUACUGGGGUUUUUUGUCAUAGAUUUAAUGAGAAAAUUGAUUGAAUAUCCAAUCUCUGUUAAAAUACUAAAAACAAAGUUUGCGAUCUAGACUUUCAAUGCAGCUUUUCUGCUCAGAGUAAUAUGAAGCUUCUGUUAAAUAAAACAUAUGUUAUAUGACGAAUCUCUUUGUUUUAGACAAUUAACAGCGUAUCUGAAGUCAUUAGAGGAUUCCCUGCGAAUCAAGAAUACUUUUCUCAAGUCAAUGCUCCGUCCAAUCCUCCAAGGUAAGUACUAGCCUGACAAAAACUCAAAACAGCCGACAUUUCGCGACGCUACCACUGGUUUUCCCGCCAAAUGACCUCUGAGAAACGGGCGCAGAAAUUCCAAACUGAUGACGUGUCACUACCUAGAUCUGGGUAGACCUUCCGAUUGGUUGAAGCAAAUUUUCAGACAUAAACUUGAAAAUUCUACUGAUUUCGUAUCUGUUUGAGCGAUUUGUGGCAUUAAUUUUAUUUAAGAAUUUAAUCAGACGAUAUUUAAGCUAAAACUACUUAUCGAAUCCAAUGUUGCAUGUAUGUUUUACGUUUCAGUUCUGCCAUUGUAGUUCUUCUCAUGUCCAUGAUAAACGACAAACAGCCUUUUAGUUUACGGUGUGCCGUCUUGUACUGCUUUCAAGUAAGUCAUGUUUUAGGCUUAAUGUUACUCCCUUGAUUAGACUCGUUUAUUAACUUCCCCGACGUGUAAAAUCAGGCGGGAAAAUUGUUUGCUUUCAAAAUAAUAAAAUCUCUGAUUCCUUCUCAAAAUUGAUUUGUUUCUUUCUGCUGAAACAGUGUUAUUUGUACAAGAAUGAGCAAGGACAAAAUGAUAUUGUUACCACAUUAUUACCUUCAUCAGCUUCUGCCGGUAAGCAUAUCUGUUGUAAAUAGUGUAAAGUGUUGUUUAUUUACCGUAGCACGGUGACCUGUACUCUAACCUGCACACUGUGCCCUUUGACCAGUGUUUUGUACCUGCCGCAUGGCAACGUUCGAAAAAUCACUAUGACAUUUUCAUGUUCAAUUUUUUGUCUCUUAUAGCCACCAACAUCUCAGCAGGACAAUUACUGUGUGCGGGAUUGUUCAGGUAAAAACAAUGAUUUUAUUUGCGGCAGUAGGAUAGUAAGUGUGGCAGAGUGAAAAGGUAGCCCUUGUCUUUAUCUCCGUAACCAUCAUUUGGCUACUGACUCUGUUCUUAUCAGAAAUGCGCUGUGACAACCAGUUCGUCUACAUGAAGGUGCGGCUACAUUUAGGCUCGAUUACUAGCCGCUGUGUGGGAAAUGAGCCCACGCUCCACCCCCGAUAAAAGCAGCUCUUCUCGGGGAAGACCGAGAGAGCGGCGGAAUCGAGCCUGCACUACACUCAAACGUAAAGAGAAAUAAAAGUUAAAUAACAUGGAUAAAUGGUUAAAAAACCCAACUGGCAGCGGGCAAACCAGAUGGUUAUUUAAAAGCAUGGCCGAGGAGUCGAACUGAAGACUUAUGAGAAAACUCUCCAGAUGGCGCCAGUUGUUUAAAAGAUGGAUAACGCUAUCCACUGCAUAAACCACUAUCCAGUGUAUAACGCAAUUGGUUUCCCUAAUAAUUAUCCGAUGGAUGGUGAUUCAUCGCCAUCCAGCGUUACAACAACUAGGGACUGGGGGUGAGUGCGUGUCUUGGACCAAGGACUUCAAAAAGACGUAAUUUCUGAGGGUUUGGGGGGUGGCUUCUUGAGGCCUUUUUCCGGGGGCUCUGAGUAAGACUGGUGAGUUAUAAAAAACUAACAGCUGCUCUUUUGAGCAAGCUAUCAUUCUUUUUCUUACGGUAUUUUAAAGCAGGAAUUAUUGUUUUCAUUUAUGGUAUUUUAUUAAAGGGGGGCUGAAUGUUCGUUUUUUCUCAGCUUACGCGAUAGAUAGGGGGAGGGGGUUUAAAACAUAAGUGCCCUCCAUGGGUUAUGUAUAUUUUCGGGAACUACACGAUGGUACUCAAACUCGUUUUUACCCUCUUGCCCACAUUGACUAGUCUUAUUCGAGUCCCAAAAGUUUACUUUCGUCCGUCUUUCUAAAAGAAACUAAUUUGUUUCCUUAGCCCUGAUCCGCUGUCAAACUGGUGUGCGGCAGUCGCCCUCUCUCAUUGUUUAAAAGGGAACCCCACCCAGAAAGAACAACUUCUAAGAGUGCAACUUGCAACAAGUGUUGGUGAGUGGAAACAAUAAGAUCAGCUUGCAUGGGAUUUCGUUUAUUCUUAGUUAAAAUUGAAGGGCAUUUUUGUUUCCUUUGUCAACAUUUCGUGAGAUGAAAUAAAGCUGUAUUCGUUUCAGGGAAUCCUCCUGUGUCACUGCUACAACAAUGUACCAACAUGCUUUCACAGGUGAGCUUAUAAGUAUGCGACUAAGGAUUUUGCGAUUACAGGUACUUAGUGAAAUGCAGAAACAGGUAAGGUCCAGCUUAGUUCCUUCGCCGACGUUUUUGUCCCGUCACGCAACGCUGGGGACGGAGUGUUGCGUGACGAGACAAACGCGGCUGCGUGUGAGACUAGGUUGAGCUCUAGUUGUACACUUAAGCGAGGUUUCCACCUUGUUGAGAGUCAAAGAAAAUGACUGAAGAAUGGCAGGGACAAACUCUAGGUGUCCAUUUUAUAGAGGUGUCUGCCUUAAAGACAGUCAAAGAAAAUGACUGAAUAACAGUAGGGAUAAACUCAGGUGUCCCCUUAAAGGAUGUGUCCGUCUCAAAGGGAGUCAAUAAAAACACAAAAGGAUGCCAGGGAUCAACUUUAGGUGUCCAUUUUAGAGGGGUGUCCGCCUUAUAGAGAAUGAUGCAAAAAUACUGAAGGAUGGUCGGACCAUUCCUAAGUGUCCACUUUAAGGAGGUGUCCUUAUAGAGAGUCACCAAAAACACCAAAUGAUGUCAGGGAUCAACUCUAGGUGUCCAUUUUAGAGAGGUGUCCGUCAACUGAACAUGAAUUCCAAGCUGUGUUUUUACUUAUUUGUAUCAACAAUAUCUAAAGGCAGCAGGGUUAAGCAGGAUUGUUUUUUUGUUUUUUCUAGGGAGGAGAGAUUCAAACACGAGUAGGUCUGCUGUUGUUGCUUUGCUCCUGGUUAUCCGGUUGUUCCCUGGCUGUAGCUCACUUUCUUCAUAAUUCAUCCAACAUACCAUACGUAUCCUUUCACACCAGUGUAUUUACUUGAGGUCUGCUUGUGGAAACUGGGCGUUUCGAUAGAAGUCGUUUUGAUACAAAGUCGUUUCGAUACAACGUCGUUUCGAUAACAUUUCCGAUCAUUUAAAGUAAAGUUAGCGUGUGAACAAGAAAAACAUUUGGGUUUAAGCCAAUUAUGUGAAACUAUUUACAUCUCGACUGAAUCAACUUGUAUCGAAACGACAGGCGAGCUUGCUGAUUAUUGCAUUAGAAUUUGCGGUUGAUAACGAGUAGUUAUCGCAGAAUACUGACAGGGCUGGAAUUUAAUGUAAAGGCGAUCAUCGCGUCAAGACUCAACUUAUGUAGUUGCGCAAAGAAAGCUGAAAAAAAAAUUAGCUAGGCUUUAAACAAAAGGAACCGCAAUCUAUGCGGUAUUAUUAGUGCAGACUGAAACGACAAGACAUGACUAGUUACACGACGGUUAUCUCAGUUGAAUGUCCUUGACUGCUUGAAGCUCAUGGCACAAGUCGAAGCUCAUGGCGAAGAAGCCGAUAGACUGGUGGGUGCCCUGUGUUCUCUUCUCUUAGGAAUCUGUUUGGACAGUAACGACAAUUCAGUAGCGACUUGUCACAAGUAAGUCUCAAUGCAUUAAAGUGCAACUAAACCCCAAAAAUACUUUUUGCUAAACGAAAUAUUAUAAUUCUCCUGGCGACCUGUGCGAAAAAAAUUAUCGUAAAAACCUCAAAAUCUCCGCUUUUCCACGGCUGUUUUAAGUAAGGUCUCUCAUGUCCCAUUACCGAACAUUUGUGGGAGCUGGGUACGACGCUGUUGUCACGUCAUCGGAGACCCUUUUCGUCUUACUCAAAAGCAUAUAGCCUGGAAGCGAGAGAGGGGGUAGUGUUUUACGUGAGCCAAAUCCUUCUUCUCUUAAUAUCAUUUAGCACGCGUACAACCCCAAAAUGGAAUUUUAUGGAGCCCGAUACCUCUCUGGGAAUCAGCUGUUUUGUUGCAACUGAAAAAAAAAAUCGGGUAUGAUUCCUGCUCUGAUUUCUGAGAAGAAGGUAUUGCUUGCGUGGAAUUGAUCUGCUUCGAUGAGGUCACAACAAAGCUCGGACCCAUACUUUUGAGUGCUCAGUAAUGGGCACAAAUGAAAAAAACCACCAAAAUUGAAACUUUGAGAAGAAAAAUAAAUAAAAGUUAAUACGCUACGACAAAACCAUUUCUUUCGCACAAGUAAUCAGUACAAGAAGUCUUGAGACUUCGAUUGGCGAAAAACAUUUUCAGGGGUUGCACUUCUAACUGACCACAUGACCAAACUUCAGCGGAGGAAUACCUUUUUAGGUAAAGGUGUAGUUCGAGACAAAGAAGCUAAAAGGUAUAAAGCUCUUUAAAGUAUUGGUACUCCCUACUGGAUAGUCUAUCACAGGAUUAACCUUAGCAGUAUCGAUCGACAUACGACUGAUUAGCGACCUAUAGUCGAUCAGUGUCUCGCUCAUGUAUCGGCAACCGGGCAGUCGACUGACUAUCUGUGAGUAUAGGUGGAUUCAUCGUGACGUCAUUGUUCACAUUUUUGCUCAUUAGCAUACAAGUUAGCCCAUAGAAGAUGUAGCCGUAUAUACCAGUUAGGUUCAAAAAUUAAAAGAGCUGGUAUAAUUUAUGCAGUUUGUGCAAGUUUCAGCUCUUUGCAAUAUGUGACAAAGAAAAAAGCAGCCAUUAAAAACUGCAAAAUUACUGGGUGGCUAAACACUAAUGAGCUCAUACAUUCGUUAUAAAUUUGCGGCUUUUCCAAAGGCAAUUUCUCCGAAACUAUUUGGUGUAUCGGGCUCAAAUCGUCAGAGAUAACUGAAAUUGUUAUGCUUUUUCAAUAUUCAGAAAUCUCAUUUUAUUAGCUUCAUCAGAUAAUGAAAAGCCUAUGCUAAUGAGGCAAAAAUGUAAACAAGUAUUCGCCUAUACACUUAGUUGACAACAACACACCUACACUUCAAUACCGUUUUACCACCCCCUCGAGCUUUCUCCGCUACCCCCAGCUUUGUGGUACGUCUGACAGACUACUGAGCCAGCAAACCGCUGCCCGAUUAGCUCAGUUCAGUUGGGAGAGCACCAGGCUGCCGAGUGGGAGGUCGUGGGCUCAAACCCCGGCCGGACCAACAACCAGGGCCUUUGAUAAACUGGUUAGGUCGUGUUGGCUGUGAUUUAAGAGCUUGUCUUGGUUCAGAUAAUCGCGUCAUUGGGCGGUGACUUUAAGCGGUUGGCCUUGUCUCCUUCAUCCUUCUUUCAUUAGUCAGAAUCGAAGGGGACGUGAAAGAAACCAUACUACUGUUCGAAAAGAGCAGGGGAAGUUUCCCCUGUAGUGUGGUCAACCUUUCACGCAUCACGCAUCAUUCAUAUCAUAGGCUAUGGGUGGGUUACGGUAAGCUCAAAAUGAACUGAUAGCGGCUGCCAGUGGUGCCUUGUAUGCUGAAGUCCGAGUUUACUGUUAACAUGUUUAUAUGUAAAAAGGGCGCGACUUGUCCUGUACCCCACGACAUUCAUUCAUUCUCUGUUCAGAUAGUGUAAGUUGUUUGCUUGUUUUCUCAUUAUUGCCUUUGUUUUUUGCAGGGACGACCUUCGAAAUUUAAUCAUCAAAAGAAUAGGAGCUGAUAAUCUAUUGGACAAGAUCAGUUUUAUAUCUAAAUCCGAGUUUUUUACUGCAGCUGUGAAAUCACCAGAGGUAAUGUUGAAGACCAUUAUUACGACUUUUUGUUUUGUUUUGUUUCGUUUUGUGUUUGUUUGUUUGUUUUAUCUAAGAAAAGAGCCUUUUAGUGACCCGAUUGUGUAAAUGAAUCGGGCAACGCAUGAUUAAUUGGUUUAAGAUGGGGCCCUUUUGAACCUGAUGGUCAAUCGUCACGACCGCUCAGAGUUAAAGCCUGGCUUGAAAUUUGUUUUGUAAAGCCAACCUUGUCUCCAGUCCAAUUCUCACUAUCUGAGUGAGCGGAGGAGGCUUGGAACCGAGUGCGAUGACAAACUCUUCCUACACGCUUGGUGGUGACGUCACAUCCGAACUCGCCGAGGACGACUGAUAACGAGGCUAGCUUAAGGAAGCUAAGGUCUUGGUCUAAGGCUAGCAAAAAUACACGUGUUUGAUCAUUUCACCCCCCAAGUGGUUUGAGUCAAAAUUCCAAGGUCUUUUGGGAUAAUGCUGUAAAACAAAUAACCUCAUAUCUGACUAGUGAGUAGUCACAUAUGGUGCUUCACUAGUGGCAGACAAGUUUUCUUAGAAUGGUGAUACCACAGGAUUUCGUCCCCAGACUCAAAAGGUAGAACCACCUUACAUCAUUCACUUCGACUUUAGGGGCGAAGGGGUUAAGGUCAAGAGUGAGAUUCGAGAGCUUAUUCCAGCUAAGCUGGAGCGAGGUCGAUAUUAAAUAUAAACUUGUGAAGAAAUCAGUUGCCCGUAGAAAAUAGUUAAGCGUACGAAACUUAUGUUUUUAUGUGUUUAAUAAUAUUCAUUGUUUUCCGUCUCUUGCCAGAUAAAAGUAGAAUCAGAAGGACAAAUCUUGUUUGACCACGAAUUCACCAAACUGUUUAAAAAGCUAGAAGGUUAGUACACCCAUAGCUUCUUUGGAAUGUAAAUUUUGCUUGGGGUGGUUUGCAAGGGCGACUACACUCAAAUCUGAAAAACAAAAAAUCGAUCUUGUCCCUGAAACGCACACCAAGAGUUGGUUAGUCUGUGUUCAAUCGACCCCUCCCAUCAAACAAAAUCGGGGAGAGAAAGUUUGCGUGGAGUGGCUGUAGGCAAGGUAAACUUGGUCCUUUCGGUUUUUAUCAGUCGUUUUCCUUGACACACUAAGGCUGAAACCUCUCCUUCAGCGGACAAUUUGUGCCAUUCCCAACCGGGUCCGUAUUAGAAGUCACUUUCGUAGUGGUCUCGGAAUUGACAAUGAACUAAUCGUAAGAGACGCAAGCAAUAUUUAACCGGCAAUCCGAGCAUCAGGCAAAUAUAUGGGUCAAUUGUCGACAAAGUUUGUCCGAGAAGGUACUUGCAGGUGUUACAUACUCUUAUUCUAAGCUUGUGUAUGCUGACGAGGAUGUAGAUGUAUGCAACCCCUCGGCUCCAUAAUUUGCAAGGGACCAGGAUUCGAUGCGCUCUUUAGGGCGGGGCUUUGCCUUAUCUGAAUCGCCUUUGCCUCUUCACGCUUAUAUUCUGGGCGCACGUGCAUUUUUCUCUGAUCGUAGUUUGUAAAAAGAGUGAAUUGUGAAAACGCUGGCUAUGCGUUUGAGAAACGUGUGGUAAAACAAAGCUUUCAUAAAACGCCAUGGUUGCGCCAGAUUCGAAAGCGCCAUAUGAAAUUAAAAUUUUCGUCUUUCAUUUCUUACAGCCGCUGUCACUAAAGCUAUAGAAGAGGAACCUUCUCAAGAACAAAUGACAAAUCACGUUAAUGGGAAAGUUCCGCAGGGAAUGGAAAACCACGACUCCAUUAUUUCAUCAUAUAAAGAAUUAAUUAGGGAACAGGUAACCGUUAUAGUAAAAAGUAUGAAAAAUAAUGUUUAUCUCAUAGAAAAUUUUUGGUACUUCCGUCACCUAGAUAACCGUCAAACGAUUCUGUCAUUGUUUUAGUAUUUUGUUUCUGGCGGUCAUAACCGAGUCUUCACAUCGUCUUCGGGAUAGUUUCCUGAAAAGAAAUUGUCGAAGUGCUCGCAUUUCUGCGCUUCAAGAGCCGGUCAGAAGGUUGUUUAAGCCGUGGACAUUUCAAAACAAUCAAGAAAUUCGCGACUACAACGGUGAAGCGUCGCUUCGAUUCUUUCUAGAAUGUAGUUACCUGGCAAAUUAAAGUUGCGAUAACCGUCCAUUCCCCACAUGAAAAUGGGAACAUAUCACAACUUUCUCACCCAUUAAGGGUGUCCCAAUCAAAAGUCUCUUGUGUAGAAGUUUCACUCUUAAAUGUCAUGAACAACUGCCUGUCUUGUUACACUGCUAGAUUUGUAAUUUCCUCUGCUUUUUUGGCAGGAUGAAGAAAUCGGGAAACUAAAAUCAAGAUACGGAGACAUGGAAUCAUCUUAUAAUCAGGUAAAUGCCACCUCAAAGAUCCCUCCAAGGCUAAAAAGUUUCACGCGGGUUGUGUCACCUCUAGCUGUGUCCCGCUCUCUCGCUCGCUUUUGCCGCAGAAAACCAAAAAAUGUACCGCUUGCGCUUCGUGCUCGAGGAAAAUUUUGAGCUCGACUUUUGGGCAAGUCUAACCACUAGCCUAUGAACGGUCCGGGAUAAUGGGCCCUAUGUUCUCAACGCACUUAAUGUCGUAAUCGUUAAAGUGGCGACCUCCUCCCCACCACCCCAACCAGUGUUGUUUUUUGAGCUAGACUGUGUGCAAAAUUAAUCAGUUUUUUUUUUGGCGCAACAUUUAUGAGGGAAGUUGAGGGAUCGAGAGAUGAACCCAAAAACGGUGAAAAUAUUUUUUAUUAGCGGUAGUUUCCCAUGUAAUAAUUUCUCGGAAGGGUUUUUCCAGCUGCCGAGGGUCCUUUUUGGUUUUCGUGCACCGUUAAUUAUGUUCUGGGUUUCUUUCUCAAGGCUCAAGUACAAAUUCAACAACAAUCUCAAGAGCUCCAACAACUUCGUGAACAGCUGCUUCUCGCACAGAGUAAGUAUCACUUUCACCGCAUAAAGCAAAAUUAAAGGCGUAUUCAUUGUAACGUUUACAACAAUAAAUAAACCAAGCGUAAGACAGUAUGUAAACAGAAUAACUGACAAUUCUCCGAGGUUUGUAGACUGUGAAAGCAGACGUAAUUUCCGGUUAUCACUUCUUUCCACCCAAUAAAGAGAAAAAUUUACAGCAUUACUCGGCGUUUUGUUGUUACAUUUUUUAGCGUGCGUGUAGGCUUCGAAAGGUGAGGGGGAGGAGGGGGAAGGGGAGAGAGUGCUUUUCUCCCCCCACCCCCAUCUCUUUUUUCUUUUUAAAGUGCCGACAGAUGAUGUUAAACGUCGUAAGCCCCUAGAUGCCGGAAUACGUCUACGUUUGCAGGGUACGAGGUUAGGACGUUGAAGGUCACUCCAAAAAACAUAAAAAAAAUUCACAAAUAAAGCCAGGUAACCUUAUUAAUUCUGCUCCAUAUAAAGCUGAAUCAGUUUUAUUUCCCAUACAAAUUUCUAACACUAAAUUGGUUGGGCGACCUGUGUCACAGCUGUUAGUAGUCGUUGUGUAUUCACUUUACUAAUUAAAAGCAAAUAAAGCCAAGCUGAAAUUAACUCCUUGUUAUUUGUUUAUAUAUCCCGUUGCAAAUACUUGAGUUGUUUUCAGUAGACCUUUUUAUUGCAUUUAUUAUUAUUUUAGUUUUAUGUUAGUUAACCUCCAAGCUUAAAAUUAAAGUGAAAAUUCGUCUGAGUUUGCGCAUGUUAAUGAGGGUUGGCAGGCUGAAUAUAAUAUGAAAAGUUUCAGAGAUUUUGUUUAAAGGGUUUCAAAAUCUCCGUAAACUAGUACAAAUGUAGUUUCUUGCUUUAGGCUACGUAAACAAUAGUUGGCAGUGUUUACAUUGUUCCGUUGAGAACGCCUUUCGGUCGUUGAAUUAUAUGCAUAAAUUUGUAAGUUACAAAUUUGCGAAAUUCUACCGCCUGUAGUACUCCUGUAGCUGUUGCAAAAACAAAGGUACACAAGAAAUGUGCUAAAUUGAGAGGUUUGCGACAGUAGUUGUUAGAGUCUUGGUGUACAUUUUCUUGCGUUCAUGAAAACCUACUGAAAUUAUUUGCUGUUAAGAUAAUUCUUUGAAUGAAAUCUCAAAGGUUAGCCAUUUACAAGUUAAUAUGUAGAGGGACCUCAAAACUGAGUUCUGGGAAAGUCGGUGGAAGCGCUAGUGUGCAGUUCCCUGUGCACUAAAAAGAAAUGUCACAUUAGAGCGAAAAGGUUAAUUUAAAUGAAUCCCAAGCCUGAAAGAAUUCAUCCUCUGUUUUCAGGUUUGAAACCUCAGACAGGAGUAAGUGAAUCUUUCUUCGACGAAAAUAUGGAAUUAUCGAAUCUAAGAAACCAAGUGAGUGAGUUGCAGUUAAGUCGAGAUUCGCUUCAGGAACAAAUCACGACGAAGGAUGAAAAGAUAGAAACGUUGGUAGGUCAUUUAUUUUCACAAAUUAAAUGUCUCUUCCGCUUUCUGACUGCGCGUAUUCUUCAUUGGGAAAAUAUUUGAAUCUGCAAAAUGUGUUUUGCGUUGCUUUACAUCACAAUCCACUCCCCGAGACAAAGUGGAUUUUUAUUACCUCAAUCCGGAUUUGUAGUAUCUCUGAUCCACACGUUUCGUGCAGACGUUUAAAGCGCUGCAGGCUCUUCCCACCUUACUCUACCGUGUUCACGGGGUGGAACGCGCGACGAAGCCCUUUGAACAUCUAUGAGAAAGAAUCCAACAAAACUGCGUCAGGUAUGGAACCGUUUAGGCUGUGGUCCUUUCGAAAAGGUCGAUGUCGAUACCACAAGCCUUGAGUCAUGGAAGACGUAAUAUAUUCCCCGAAUUAGGUUACAAUGAGUCAAAUAAUAAAUUUUUAAAUAGUCUCAGAUGGAAGGAAUUUUAACAAGAGUAGAAAUUUAAGUGAAAAGUUAGGUGAAGGUCAAGGUUCACUUGUAAUAGAUGCAUCAGUUAUGAACGACGGUCUAUCAGAAUAUUAUUACUUUAAUUUUACGGUGUGACAGUGAAGUGGUAAGGGAGAGCGAUUAGCAUAGGAAAGGCACGGCUCCGAUUCUGGUUUCUGAACCUCUUUCUUUUGUUUAAAAAAAAAAAAAUGGUCAAAAUGGUCUAAAUGCCUUAAGAGAAACGAGAUUUUUGUUUCCUCACAAAGAAGCGCGCUCUUACUUCUUCUUUGGUUUGAGACGGAGAAACAAAUUUUUGUUCUGGUUAUCGACGUUUUUCAGGCAAGCAUGGACAAGCGCAGGCUCGCGCAAAGGACCAGCCUCUCCCCGCCUCCUCCCCCCUUUUCGCGCGUUGCUCGCGCUUGCCUUGGCUCGCCUGCAAAGCGCGAAAAAAGGGGAAAAAAGGCUUUUCACGCUACUUAUUUUCGUGGUGAACUGCGAAAAUUUGUUCGAUCGCGAUUAAUGUUUAAUUGACUAUUUUAUCGUUAGGAAAAAGAUCUAGAGGUCUCUCAGGCAUCUUUAGCGGUAGCUCACGCAGCCGCUGAACUCGCAGGCUCAGACACAACGGAUCUCUCCUCCGUGUCAGCGAGCCUCACCAGUCAGCAGCUUGAAGAAUUGGAACAGCUGAGGCGGACUGUGACGUCACUGCACGAGGAGUUGGACGUGUUGAGGUCAUUAAAUACAGACCUUGAGAAUGAAAUCGAGGCAGUGGUAAGAAUCGAGAGUAUGAACCAUGUAGUUUUAAUGAUUUCUCUGGAACCCGAUAGAUACAAGAGGGAAAUUCUUUUGUGUCUCUGAUCUUUGAUCAUUUGUGUUUCAAUCAAUCUGCGUUGUCUUCCUUCUACAUACUCCUAGAGAUUUAGAGCGCUAAGCCCUCGAAACGGUGUUGGAAAAGCAGAGGUCUAGCGUAAUUUCUGUUGUCUGUCUUGUCUCCUUGCGCGCCUUGCUUUCUCGUAUGGGGACGUUUCUGGGAAACUGACCACCUACCCCUCCCCUAAUCCAACAUUAACACUUACUUCUCACUUUGGGCAAAAUGUUGGCGUAGGGGAGGAGUAGGUGGGCAGUUUCCCAGAAACGUAUAAUGAACAUUUACUUUUUGCUUAGGCAAAAUGUUGGCUUAGGGGAGGGGUAGGUGAGCAGUUUCCCAGAAACGUAUAAUAAUCCGGUUGUAUUUUCUUUAGAGAGAUGAAGCACUCAAUACGCCCACCAACAGUACAGAUGAAGUGAAAGCCGAGUUAGAAAGAGCUCGAACUGAAAGCCAUGAUAAAAUCAGGUUACUCGAGGAAAAGUUAGCCACAACACAGACAGAACUGAAUACAAUAGUGACACAGAAAGCAGAGCUAGACAAAGAACACGAAGAUCUGCUGGUUAUGCUGACUGAACAGGAUGCUAAAGUGAUGAAGUACAAGGUAUUUUCUCGUAUUUAUUCUGAUUUUCAUAGUCAUUGUCAUGGCCAAAAUUUCUGGUGGAAUCAUGGUGUUGGUUUCCCUGUGCACUUUAUCCUGUUUUUCAUAUUCAAAACGUCGCUCCUCCAUUUAACGUUAGAAAAACAAAGCAAGGGUGUUGUGGUGGAGAGUGGGCGAAAGAGAAAAAAGAGGGCUAAAGCAAAGGCGUUUUUGAGCAAAGGCACGCCAACCGGAAGCAGGACCUUUUUCCUUAAAGCAUGCUUUGAUGCUGUUAAAUGUACAGUGAAACCUCGAUAUAACGAACCUCUAUAUAACGAAGUCCUCGAUGUAAUGAACGAUUUUCUUUACCCUAGUAAUAGUAAAAUAUAUGGGAAAGAACCACUUAGCACUUCCUUAUAUCGAGGUUCCACUGUAUUAACUGUUUAUUCUUAAAGAGACGAUUCGCCCGAAAAUUGGGACAAACCCUCUGCCCAAGAAUACAAAAAGGCUAUUUCCGUCCCUUUUAUCUCCCCGCCCCCAGCUGAUCUCGCUUUGCUUUAGAGAGCUUUAGAUUCGAAGAGGAGAACGACAUUUAAUUUUAAGUUUUCUCGCCUGUUCUCUAAAACAGACACCCCGGAAAGCUUCAUUGUACUUUUUCACCACCAAAGUUAGCUCGCUUAUUUCCGUUGAAGGAGGUUUUAAAGCCCUUUCCCGAUCGCUAAAUGAUGAAAUUCCUAACUUUAAAUAACUUGUUUUCGCCACUACGACAUUCUCGCUAAAACUUCGUAGUAGGCUGACGGCGGCUACCACAUUUUCCCGCCAAAAUGAUGUUGGUUCGCGCAAGUGCACUACUUCUUAUCGAGAAAAUCGCGUUCUUGUGGUCGUCCUCGUCUUAGAAUCUAAAGCUCUCUAUUGACGCACUUAUGCACCGAAAGAAAGAACCUGAUACUGAAAUGGGAGUUGUCUUGUUCGCUUGACGUAAUUUGUAUCCCAGUGUCUCCAGAUGAUACCAAACUAGUGCGUCCUCGUAGCUUCAGUUUGUAGUUGUACCAGAUGGAGAGCUUGUUCGCGGGCUGCAGAACGUUUGAUCUUUACUUCUGUUUCUUUUGUAAAUUUAGAAACUUGCGAGAGAUGCAGGACAAGAGGUUAGUGAAGAUGAUGAUGAAGACGAAGACGAUGGCGAUGAUGAUGACGAAGAUGACGAAGACGACGGCGAAGAAGACGAAGAUAAUGAUAUUGAUGAGGAUGAAGAUGAAACAAAAGAAAACUCAGGGGACCAACUUGGUGAUAGCACGACUCUCGACGGAGAGGAACUCACGUGAAAUUUAGGCAAUCCCAAAAUAAUUUUAUUUUAAAUGCGUGGAAGGCGUAGAAACUUUCCAUUGCAAGAUAGAGUACAAUUAUUUUAUCCAAAUUAAUGAUAAAUUAUUUUGACUUCCGGUCAAAAAUCAAGACAUCAGCGUGCGUAUUGCUGACUUGAAACUAAGCAAGGUCCCGGAUGUCUCUACAAAGAUAUAGUGCUUACAGCCCUAUUUUUCUUGCGAUGUUUGAGUUCGUUAUCAUGAUUUCGCAAGGGAAAGGAACACUGGGGAGGGUGUGAAUUACCGGUGUAAGCGGAAGUUGCGGCAUCAGAGGUGCCCCCUUCCUCCCCCACCCACACCACCUUCCAUUUUGGUCCAUGGCCGGUUUCACACUACAGACGGAUUAUCCGUCUCGACGGAUAAUCCAUCUUCAAAAUCCGUUAAAAUUGACGGAAUAACAGAUUGGGUAAAGUCAGGCGGAUUGUCCAUCCAAAGUGAAGACCCUUCCAUUUUAAAAUUAAAACGUAUUAUCCGCUGUCUGACGCGAAUUAUCCAACGGAUAACCCGUUUCAGACGGAUAAUCCAUCUUAGUGUGAGUUCGACCAAUAUAGGCUGUUUUGACUAUCCCUAAAUUUCUCACGGCAUAUAUGAUUAAAAUGGCAGCCUCUCGAGAUCGGCGGCAAAUCUUAAUCGCACGAGAAAGGAAUAUGGGUUUGUGAACAGUCCAGUUUGAACAUCAGAGAAAAAGUGCUUUUUAUACCAUUAGGAAAAAGGAAUUUUACAUGACUGCAGAAAAAUCACAAUAAACGUUACAAGAGUAUUCUACGAAGCCUUUGAGAUUAAUUUCGUUGUAUUCCACAUGGCUCAGUU